GAUGCCGCAAGUCGGAAGAAAGUCCAGAAUCGCAUUGCGCAAAGGGCCUACCGCAAGCGACUGAAGUCUCGGAUGGAAGAGCUGGAAUUAUUUAGAGAUACCAUGACCGUGGGAAAGAUGACCCUCGUCGUUGGCGCAUCACCAGGGUCGGAACAGGAUGAAUCGAACAAACAGGCCGUCUCCAACCAACUAUCAAUACCAACAUUUGGCGCGCCGAUGCUUGGAGGUUCCAUCGAGAGCACAAAGCCCGUGUCUUACUGCGAAAGCCGCGACAACGCCAUAGCGAUUAGUAGAACCGGGCUCCAAACACCGUCGGCGAUUGUAGACACUUCUUAUAACCCAGACCAAGACAUACCGUCCCUUGGCUCAUGGGACUUGGGCGAAGCAUACCCGGUGGCUCUGAUUCUGAAUGGCAUUGGCGGCGGAAAUGGUGAACAUGCUAGUUCACAGGUCUGCCCGAGGUCAACUGAGGAUCCAAGUAGCCACGCCGCAUCCGACGUACCUCAAGAUGGCAAGACUGCACUGCAUAUUGCAGCCGAGAGCGGCAGACUGUCUACUGUGCAGCUCCUCUUGCGAUUAAACUCCAAUGUGCUUGCCCAGGACUCAAUGGGCCGUACCAGCCUGCACCUCGCCGUAGGGAACCAACAGCAAAGCGUCGUGGAAGAACUCGUCAAGCGUCCUGCGUGUCUCGACGUGCGGGAAAAAGAUGGGCGGACAGCAUUACACAUUGCGGUGACUCAAGGUCAUGAUGGUAUCGUCGGAAGUUUGCUGGGCGCUGGUGCUAUGCUUGAGGUGAAGGAUGCCCGAGGUCAGACACCAUUACACAUUGCGGCGGCGAAUGGGCAAGACGCGAUUUUGCAGCUUUUGUUCGUAAGGGGAGCAAACAUAAAUGCAACAAUGUGAACCAAGCUGCGUCUGUUUUGACGAUCGGAGGACUUGCUUAUGCACCAUGACCCUCCUCGAGCUGCCGACAUUCAUGCUCUAGCCAACAUCUAGUUGUAGACAUUUUAUGCAGUAUAUGCACAUUCUUCACCACAAUACCGGGAUCUGGGAUGCAUCGCAAAGUCGCAAGGUGUGAAGUCCAUAUAGACGCAGUGGACCUUGGAGUGCCCCGAAGCGCUUCGGGCCAUUCUGACAAAAGCUUCAUGUCAGUCGCCAAGAUCUUACGUGAGGUUCGGUACGAGUAUUUAAUGAUAGUCUUUACGCGGGGAUUGGCAAUCAGAUAGAGACCUUGGCCGCAGUGCCGUUCUUUCC